AUGGAGAAGAAAAGUGAAGGAACUCUGGCUAUCGUAUGGAUGGUUUUAAUACAAGGUUUUCUGGCCUCUGGUGCCGUCGAGGUCAAGCCCUCCAUCAACCCUGCUGUAGUUGGAGACUCUGUGACGCUGUCGCUGUCUCCUUCGAUGAAUGUGAAGAGCGGAAGCUGGGCCGUGGGAGAGUCCCUCAUCCUCACCUGGCUCGGGGACCAGCAGGCGGUCUUCCCCGGUCACAGCGGCAGGGCGGCAGUCAACGUCCUCACCGGAGCUCUCGCUCUGACCUCCGUCAGGGUGGUUGACUCGGGAGUCUACGUGCUGCAGAGCAGCGACCCCGACCUCAGGGCCACUGCUUCCAUCGCAGUCUUCGAGCCCAUUUCCAAUGUGACACUGAGAGCCAAUCAAACCAAACUGGUGGAGUUCAACAGUGCAGCAGUCUUCACGUGCUCCGUCUCCUCCGGAUCCUCUCUCUCUGUCCUCUGGAUGAACGCCAGCUCUGAGCUCAAAGAAAGGGACAGAGUUCAGCUCACUGAUGGAAACGCCACCCUCACCAUACUGAAUGUGACGCGCCACGACCAAGGGCCGUUCAGCUGUCGCGUGUUCAAUCCCGUCAGUAAUGGAACCAGUGAUGGAGUGAAUUUGACUAUCAGCUAUGGUCCAGACAGCAUGGCUCUGACAGUGAAUGGACAGAACACAACUUCCUUUCUCGUGGGGUCCAAUCUGACGUUGCUCUGCUCGGCGCGGUGCCACCCGCCUGCUCAGCUUCGGUGGGCUUUCAGAGGGCAGCUUGUGAACGCUACGGGUCCGUUGCUGGAGCGCUUCAGUGUCGAUGAGGAGCAAAGCGGUCCGUAUUCCUGUCUGGCCUUCAACAGUCACACCAACAUGAACAGCAAUAUCACGGCCCACAUCAUGAUAGCAAGUGAGUUUGUUGGCCUGGUGACAUCAGCGUCCACCUACCUCCUCCUGUGUCUGACUUUGGUUUGUCCCCACAGAGACUUCGUCAAGGUCUGA